ACCAUCGAGUUUGAUCAUGCGGCCCCGUAUAAGUUCAACAACUUCAACAACUUCGUUUAUUUAUUCUUUCACCCCUCACGUCGCUUUACUUACUUCUUACAUUCUAAUCACGAGUCUUACCUACAACUCGAACACGUAACGUAUACGGAACUUCGCAUACUCAGUGAAAAGAAAGUUUGUGUUAUACAACAUCCAAGCCACUCGCAGUCCUUCCUAAACCGCGGGUUGGAUUGCAUCGUAGCACCCUUAGUCUGAGGUUGCUGAAUUCGGGUUGUUCGAUAAAACUGCUGGUCUCCGCUCUCGAGCAAAGCAUCUGGUUAUACUUAACUCCCUCGCAUACAAUCAUACACCACAAGUCUACAUCAAAGCGGCACAAUUCCCACCCACGAUUGUAGGCUCAGGACAAGCAAAUAUAGACGUUAAUUAACAAAUCCAACCAUCACAAUGGCGCCGCAACCCCAAGGCCCCAUCACAACCCCCCUCACCACCCUCCUCGGGAUCCAGCACCCCAUCCUCCUCGCAGGCAUGGCCCGCGUCUCAGGAGGCGCCCUCGCCGCCGCCGUCUCCAACGCCGGCGGUCUAGGCGUCAUCGGCGGGUUCCAAUACACGCCCUCGCAACUCCGCGCCAUCAUCGCGGAGCUCAAAGCCGCCCUGCGGUCCCCAGACCUGCCGUUCGGCGUGGACUUGGCACUGCCGCAGAUCGGCGGGUCCGCGCGCAAGACUAACCACGACUACACGGGUGGCAAGCUCGACGAGCUCGUCGACAUCACGAUCGAGAGCGGCGCGAAGCUGUUCGUCAGCGCCGUGGGUGUCCCGCCCAAGUACGUGAUUGACAAGUUGCAUGAUGCGGGGAUAUUGGUGAUGAAUAUGGUCGGACACCCGAAACAUGCGGUUAAGGCCCUGGAUCUCGGCGUGGAUAUGGUGUGUCCGCAGGGCGGCGAAGGAGGUGGACACACGGGCGAUAUAGCCAGCUCGGUGCUCAUCCCGGCCGUCGCCGACGUCGCAUCGCGCUACCACCCGCCGAUGCUAAAAGGCAGCCCCGCGCUCGUCGUAGCCGCAGGCGGUAUCAACGACGGACGGUCGCUAGCCGCAAGCCUGAUGCAAGGCGCGGCGGGAGUCUGGGUCGGAACACGCUUCGUAGCGAGCGUCGAAGCAGCCAGCAGCGAGGAGCACAAGGCAAGCGUGGUGGCCUGCGGCUUCGAAGAUACGCAGCGCACGCUGGUGCUCACGGGGCGGCCGCUACGCAUGCGCACCAACGCGUAUAUCGCGCGGUGGCACGCGCAGCCGCAGAAGAUACGCGAGCUCUGCGACAAGGGCGUCGUGCCUAUCGAGCACGACCUCGAGAACGACGUCGACGAUAUCGAUCCCCCGCACCUGAUGGGCCAGGUCGCGGGCGCCGUUACUAAGGUCCAGCCUGCCGCCGAGAUCGUCCGCGAGAUGGUGGAUGGCGCGGUACAGAUGUUGAGGCUGGGGAGCUCGUAUGUCGAUACGAGCGCGAAGAGUAAGCUGUAAGACUUGUACCCCAGGUUUAGGGGUGGAAGAAUGUAUGCACUAAGUCCUACAUGGAGUAUGUAUACAUGCCGCUACGAUCUGCGGCCGGGUCCACAGCCCGGAGCCGGUACGCGCCUUACCGGCACCGAAGGGGAAGUUGAUGGAUGGCCUUACUACGUACAUGGCAUGGACGCAGUGUGACCUACCUCUGUUCCGCGGGAAUAACCUACAUAGUACAUAAAUGCAUCCCACCCUCGUUAUUCUCACCGAAGGCAAAAUCCUCGAAUUAGUCUCGGGAGGAUCGGCCCCAAAAGGGAAAAGGGGGCUUGUAAGAUCAUGAAUUUGGGAAUUUAGGAUCUGGGCUUAUUUUGGGAUUUGGGAUGGUGUGCACAUUAUUGGAAUCUAUGCAGUAACUAAGUAUUAUUGAAAUCAAGCCAGCUUACCUAGAGAAAUCUAUCUACCACGGUCAUCGUCAUUUCACAGUAUCCC